UCAUCAGCCACUUCCGCUGCUCCACAUGCCUCAAACUGUGUUCAGCAAGGAGGUUUAAACAGUUCACUCUAGCUGUGUACAAGAGAGUGACUUGUAUUGAGUUGUGUUGUUUUCCCAGUAGCUGUUAGCUACAUAUAUAUUCCCGGAUAACAUGCUUCUGUUUUGUCCAACCUGCGGGAAUGUUUUAAUUGUGGAGGAAGGACAGAAGUGCAUGAGGUUCGCCUGCAACACCUGUCCAUAUGUCCACAACAUCACCAGAAAGGUAAAUAAUCGGAAGUAUCCCAAGCUGAAGGAGGUUGAUGAUGUUCUUGGUGGAGCUGCAGCUUGGGAAAACGUGGACUCAACUCCUGAAACCUGUCCCAAGUGUGGCCAUCUUCGGGCGUAUUUCAUGCAGAUUCAGACCAGAUCAGCUGAUGAACCGAUGACGACUUUCUACAAAUGCUGCAGUGCCCCGUGUGGACACCGAUGGAGAGACUGAAAUCUUUGCACUUUGAGAAUUGUAAUGUACGUAAAUGGGACAUAUCCCAAAAAACUCACUUUUUCAGUGCUUGUGCUCAUACAUCUGGGUAUCUGGAGCGUCUACCAACCCACAAACUGUGAGAUAAGACAACCCAGUCAAGCUACCUUUACAAAGGUUCACCAUAUAUUUCUCUCAAGCCAAUCGGAGCAGAUUGGACUUUUUCAGGAGGGGGUCUUAAAGAGACGGGCGCUAAAACAGAGUGUUUCAAACAGAGUGUUUCAAACAGAGGGUGAAUACAGGUAUAUUCAGACAGACUAUGAGAAAAAUGUGUUUUUUGAACAUUCAAGCAUGUGAACAUGUUAAUAGGCAUGGUUAAUUUUCCAAAUAACAUUAAAAUGAGUUUCAAGGAAAAGUCCUGUUCUGAUUUUUAUUGAUAAAAUAGUACCUGUACACAACAGUCAAACAAAUUUUGACUUACAUAGUUAUACAUAUCACAGACAUUUAGAGAGCAAUGCAGACCAGCAUUAUCCACGACAAUGGCAUACAGUACUUCGUAUUAAAAGUUUCAAUGCAAUCCUUCAACUCAAAAUUCACUUUCUUGCACAGUUUAGCUAGCCUCAAGAAGAAAAGAAAUCAAAUGCAUAUAUAGUCAAGGAACUAGCCAGUGAGAAUUAUUUGUUUUUUGAUGUGUGGCUCAUGCAGACAAACUGCACUUUGUGAGUGAUGGUGAACCGCAGAUCGGGCAUGCUGUGGUGAGCAUACAAUGGUCCUUCAUUGUUAGUAGUAAUCUCAAUGGAAUCACAAUGUCUUUUUGCAAGAUGUCGGAUACAAUCAUUUAUUUGAAGCUUAGUCCUAGCAGAGAGGUCACUAUUUAGACAUCUGUAUUUAUUAAUCUAACAUGCAUCUGAGCAAUGCGGGUAAUCUUAAAGGGCUGAUGCCAUAUUAGGAGGGUUACAGGCUAAACAAUGUUAUGUGAUGAUGAUGGUGCCACCACUGUAAUUUGUUUGCCAAGAUACUUUUCUAGAGAGAGGACACAAGAUGUCAUUAAGUGUGUCUCCAUCAGUAACAGUCAGCUCUACUUUUAAGUCUACUGAAAUUAUACACUGCUUUUACUCAUGAGAUGACACUAAAGCCCAAAUCUCUCAAAUACCAGUGAUUGCUGAGGUUGAUAGUUUUUAUGAAUGCAUCAGAGGGGGAAAUUGAAUUCCAACUUAAAGUGCAACUCUUUGCUUUUUUAUCAAAAUUAAGUACAUCAUGGACAGAUGGCCGUAACCGUAAAUCACUGAACCUUUCGUGACUACUGACUGAAGCCUAAAAGAUUAAUAAAUAAAGCAAGUAACAUCAAUCUUGGGCAUUCCCAGACAAGCAAAUACAUCA